CAGAAGGUUGUGAUUCCCAAAUGAAUAAAUCAGGUUCAACAUCUGGAAGCCCAGUUUCUCGAUCAUCAUCUGUCGAAUCUAACAACUCUGCUAAAAAUAGUACUAGAUCCAGAUCAGCAAGUCCACAAGUAAAUGGAAAUGCCUCACCUAGAAAAUCUAGAUCAAGAUCUAGAAGUGGUUCUAGACCUCAUAGUGCUGCUAGUUCUAGAUCAAAUUCAGGUUCACAGCAUUCAAACAAGUCAGGCAGCAGAUCUAGAUCUAGAUCACAUAGUUCACAAAGAUCCAGAAGAAGCAGCCAAGCACACUCUAGAUCACCCUCAGGUGACAGAAAAUCUAAGUCUCCAUCACCAGACGGCACUGCACAGCCUACUUCUACAACUCAUAAAUCGAGAUCCAAUUCGCCUGCUCAUGGAUCCCGAAAAGGAUCCCGUUCCAAAUCUGGUAGUCCAGUAAAUAAAGAAGGUUCCAGGUCUAGAUCAAGAUCAGGUUCAGCACAUUCUGGUGUAAAUGGAAGAAAAUCAAGAUCAGCUUCCCCAAAAGUAGCUUCACGUUCAAGAUCAAGGUCAAAUUCUGCACCAGCUGAAGAUAAUGAGGCCCGAGCCAAAUCGAGAUCUAGAUCAAGAUCUCACUCCGGUUCAAGAAAAUCAAAAUCUAGGUCAAGAUCUCAUUCCGGAUCAAGAAAAUCAAAGUCUAGGUCAAGAUCUCACUCUGGGUCGAGAAAAUCAAAGUCUAGAUCAAGAUCUCGUUCAGGUUCUGCCAAAGCGGCUUCUAGAUCAAGAUCUCGUUCAGGAUCAGCCAGAUCAAGAUCGGGUUCAAGGAAGUCGAGAUCACGUUUAAGAUCAGGUUCGAGACGUUCAAGAUCUGGCUCGGCAAAGUCUCGUUCAAGAUCAGGUUCAAGAAGAUCUAGAUCAGGCUCAAGAAAAUCCAGGUCAGGUUCAAGGAGAUCUAGAUCAGGUUCAAGAAGAUCAAGAUCAGGCUCGAGAAGAUCCAGAUCAGGUUCAAGGAGAUCUAGAUCUCGUUCGAGAUCAAGAUCGAGAUCAGGUUCUGCACGUUCUAGAUCCGGAUCAGCAAGAUCUAAGUCUAGGUCUAGAUCAAGAUCCAGAUCGGGUUCAGCUAGAUCAAGAUCUAGAUCAGGUUCUGCUAGAUCGAGAUCUCGAUCCGGUUCAGCUAGAUCAAGGUCUGGAUCACGUAGGUCCAGAUCCGGUUCGGCUAGAUCUAGAUCCGGUUCAGCACGAUCUAGAUCAGGAUCAGCUCGAUCGAGAUCAGGAUCUGCAAGGUCCAGGUCAGGUUCAAGGAGAUCUAGGUCCGGUUCUCGUCGAUCAAAAUCAGGAUCAAGGUCUAGAUCAAGAUCGGGAUCGAGGAAAUCUAGAUCAGGUUCUAGAAGAUCGAGAUCGGGAUCAAGAAGGUCAAGGUCCGGUUCAAAAAGGUCGAGAUCUGGUUCAAGAAAAUCAAGAUCAGGUUCAAGGAAAUCUAGAUCAGGUUCAAGAAAAUCUAGAUCAGGUUCAAGAAAAUCCAGAUCAGGUUCUGCGAAGUCAGGGUCUCGUUCUAAAUCUAGAUCACGUUCAAAAUCAGGUUCACCAGCAAAAUCAAGAUCCAGGUCAAGAUCUGGAUCACGGUCAGGAAAUGAAGCAAGUAAACCAAGCCGCAAAAGAGCAGUUUUAUCCGACUCAGAAGAUGAAGAGGCUCCACCUAAUAAAACGAAGAAGAUGGUAGUUACUGAUGACGAAGAUGAACAGACAGCUGCUGCAACGGAAUUACAACCAGAAGAAGCUGAAGCAGGACCAGCCCCUCAACAGCAGGAUUCUGAUUCGGAUGAAGGCAUUGAUGAUAGAAGAAAUUCAAAUGAUGAUAAUCAUGGCUUAUCAGAUUUUGAUAUUAUGCUUCAAAGAAAACGUGAAGAAGGCACUAAGCGACGUAAACGAAAAGACAUUGAUAUUAUAAAUGAUAAUGAUGAUAUCAUCGCUGGUCUUUUAGGUGACAUGAGGCAAGCAGCAGAGGAGGAUCGGAAACUUAACGAAAACUUCAAACCUGCCACCAAAAAAACAUCUAUGCUUGCCAAGGUUAUGUCACAAUUAAAAAAACACGACCUACAACUGGCUUUUAUAGAACAUAAUGUAUUAAACGUUUUAACAGAUUGGUUGGCACCGAUGCCAGAUAGAUCCUUACCUUCUUUGCAGCUUAGAGAAGCUAUAUUGAAACUUUUAGCCGAUUUUCCCAAAGUUGACCAGUCCACUAUCAAACAAUCUGGUAUAGGUAAAGCUGUGAUGUAUUUGUAUAAACAUCCCAAAGAAACUAAAGAAAAUCGUGAGAGGGCUGGAAGACUGAUUAGUGAAUGGGCUAGACCUAUCUUCAAUUUAUCUACAGACUUUAAAGCUUUGAGCAGAGAGGAAAGGUUCCAAAGAGACCAUGAACAAUUUGGAAGCAAGCGAAGAAAAAGCGAUGAAGAAACAGCACAAGAAAGAAAGGAACUUAAUAAAGCAUUAAAUGCAGAGGGAAAACCACUAAGACCUGGAGAUAAAGGUUGGGUUGCACGAGCUAGGGUACCUAUUCCUUCAAAUAAAGAUUAUUUAAAUCGACCCAAAUGGCAGUCGGAAGUAGAUAUUAGUAGGACAACCAAGAAGGGUCUAAAUAGAUUCGAGAAACAUUACAAGAACUUCAUAGAUAGCAAGAGAUUGAAACAAACUAGACGAGCCGUUGAAAUUUCUAUAGAAGGAAGAAAGAUGGCGCUGUAG